GCAUAUCGUUCAGCAAUGGAGAUAAGCUUAAACUUUUAAUGUGCGUGCGUGCGUGAAUUCCUGUAAGAUUGAAUCAUUAACAGUGAACGUUAAACUCUUGUGACCACAACCAGUUGAAAUGCUAUUCAUGCAUAAUUUUCGUCAAGAUCAUUAGUGCUCUUCCGAGAGUGUGCAGUGCGUGCAUCACAUUUAUGAGAACAAACGGUGACCAUGUCGCUCCGGAGUGUUUCUUGACUCCCUCAGGCGGGGUUUCCUUCCUUUAUCUACUGAAUGGGGUUUCAAAAGGUAGAAAUAUUUAAAGCGGUGAACACCAUAUCCUCAUGCACCUUAAGCUGCCGUACCUCUUGAAAUCAAAAUAAAAUGGAUUAUCAUAAACAAACGAUUUUGUUCAUCAUGAUAAUUUCGUUUUGCGCUGGAAUGGUAUGUAGCUGUGCUUGUUCAAGCAAUCUAAAACACUGUGCAAACAUUUACCAAAUGCCAAUGGACUUCCAAACGGCUGAACAGAAUUGCAGAGAACGGGGCGGUCAGUUAUCUAUCCAGUCGAAUGCAUCAGAUAAAGUUGUCGACUAUCUUAUUGAUAACCUGAUCGGGCACUUUUGGUCCGGACUCCAUCUACCAAGCGGCAAGUGUUUAAGUAAUACGAGCGCAUUACGCAAAGGCGACUGGACCAACUUGGAGACCGGAGAAGCGCCGUGCGUUCCACUCUGCAUGUCUGUCUCCAGCGACGGAACGCGGACGCCGAGACCAUGCGCGGACAAACUGGAUGGAUUUUUGUGUGAGGACUCUCAAGGGGAUCUUUGCAAAGGACGUGCGGUCGUUCUGGAUAAUGCACGGUGCAUGUUUGCGCCCUGUGAAUAUGCAUGCACUCCUAUGGAAGCCGGAUAUAGGUGUUCAUGUAAGGAGCGAUUCCGUCCAAAUGCACGAGAUCCACGCCGCUGUGAUUUCUAUUGCGCAUCGAAAGUUUGUGAGGCGUUGUGUAUGAGAAGCGGGUCGGUGUGUUGGUGCCCGGCUGGUUUUGUUAGAAGCGACCAAACCUGCGAAGAUGUAGAUGAAUGUGAAUCAAAUCACGGCUGCGCACACAAGUGCAUAAAUACCAUAGGAAGUUAUAGAUGUGCAUGCUAUGAGCCUUUCAUCCUCGUUAAUGGAACUGAGUGCACUCAUGUUCAUAGUCUACAUAAUGGUCAAGUAUUCACAACACCGUCACCGAAUUCUAUAGCGAGAGGGGCACUGUCAACCCCAGGAGAGUAUGCUGGGCUGAUAAUAUUCCUAGUAGUGGCUGUUUUUGCUCUAUUAGUACUUGUGCAUUAUUUGCGCGGUCGUAAAGCAACUGUACAGGAAUGCAAUCCAUCAGAUUCUGGCGAGUUUCAAGAAACCGUAUCUAAGUAAAUGAUAACUGCUACAUGUAUAUAAAGAUGGUGGUAAUGUCCCUUUGUGUAUGUAUCAAUUAAUUUGUUUACUGAACACAUUCUGUGAAGGAUUAGACUUGUUGGAAUGACUGUAAAUCUCUCAAUAUGUCUCUAGCUAAAACUGAAAUGUUAUGUUAUGAAAACUGAAAAACAAAAUGUUAUUGAAAAAUUGUUUUCAAAAGUGAACUGGCCUUGUUGUCCUUUGUGGUUCUCAUAGAAAAUUAAUGUACCCAGAAUGACUUGCAGUGUAAGAGUCCAUGAAGUCAUGAAGACCACGUGUAAAGAUGUCAGCAUAUUUUAGCAGCCCACAUAUUUUCUUCCUUUAGGUUUAUUCCUUGAUAUGUCAAAUAAAUUCAUAUCUUGAUAUCUGUACUGGAGUACAUUACCAAAAAGUUUACUGAUAAAACAUUGCAAUGCAUUCGAUAAAAAAAAUAUUUUACAUGUUAAACAUCUUUGCUAACAACUGUUUUGCAUUGUUACUGCAUGUA